AUGUCGUUCAUGACAUUUGAAUAUUUCUUAUAUCUAGGUGGAUUUCAAGGUGAAGUCAAGUUUCAAUUAACCUAUUCAUCUGGAGGCGCCAUUGACGCAAGCGUUGCCCUACGCGAAGUCAAUUCUGUUUUUCAUCGAGGAACAGAAGGAGCACCACCAGUGUAUAGUAUGGCGGCAGCUGAUCUUUACGAGCCACCUCCUCCGUCGUACCAAUCAGCUCAAAAUGCACACAACAGUUUUGCAGAUACAAAUAUGUUUGUUUCGCCUGCACCGGCACCGUACGCUGGUGUCUAUCAACGUCAACCGACAGGUUUACCACGUGCUGAAUUCGUUCCGCAAUCUUCGGAGAUGCCAUUUACAGACGUAACUCAUUCACCUCAAUUGGCCUAUCAAAAUAAUGGUUGUGGUGGACAAAUGUACAUUCCACAAAUGAAUGGCGAAAAAAAUUACCAAGCGCCGCCAUCUUAUGAGCAAUCUCAAAAUGAUUUCCAAGAAAAGAAAUCUGCUUAA